AUGACUUUUAUACAUGAUCUUAUCUGUUUUCCUCUACGUGGUUUUGAAGUUAUUUUAGGAUUAGAUUGGUUGUCUAAGUAUCAUGUUUUCCUUGAUUGCUUUGAAAGAGCUGUUGUUAUUCCAUCUAAUAGUUUAGAUAUUAAACUAUUUUUGUCCCAUACUUUAUAUCUGAAUUCUGUAAGAGUUACCUUAGACGGGAGUGAUUGUGAGGGGUACGUUCUGUUAGGGGCUAGCUCAAAUAACAGUGAACUAAGCUUAGAUAGAAUUCGAGUAGUGAAGGAAUUUCCUGAUGUUUUUCCGGACGACAUACCUGAAUUUCCUCCUCAGCGAGAGAUAGAAUUCAGCAUUGAUCUAGUACCUGGAACUGGACCGAUUUCCAUAGCAUUGUAUCGGAUGUCACCACUGGACCUUGCAGAGUUGAAGAAGUAG